AUGGCUUCAACUAUUCCGCACUUGAGAUUCCAUCUGUACAUGAUCGGAACUCUGACGGAGUAUGACUUCCUCGCUGCCUAUGAUCCCGCUACCUUGAAUCUUGAACAACAAGAAUAUCUGACAGAAAGGGUCGAGACGCUCGCGUUGGAAGCUAGAAUCAGAUCCACUCUCCCAUACGAUGUGCAACGACAGAUCCAUCGACACGUACUUCGCGACGCCGAGCCGAUCGACAUCACCAAUCUUGUGAACCACAUAGCUCCAUCAUACUAUACUGAUCCACAUGCCAAGUUCGACUACUGGAGAUAUACGCCAUUCGUGUAUCCUACCGACAACAUCCAUGACGCUGUCAUGAGCUCAAAUGCGCUCGAAUUUGUCGAGGACGUCCUUCUAAAUCCCGAUCAUAUGGCGCGCCUCCAUACCCUGGACCCACCCAAACAGAUCACUCACGAGAUCCUAAUCCACUGGGACUUUGCGCCAAACUUUUUGCCCGAGAUAUCCUUGCCAAAUAUCGAUGCGCUGUUCGACUUACUCGGUGUUCUGGAUGGUGAUGUGGAUCGCAUCAGACUUGAAUUCUUGUUCAAAGACUCAAGAGUAAUCUACAGUAGAGAUCCCACUACCAAGGAGGAGAUUGCACCAAACAACCAAGGUCGACUUCGCAUCAUGAAAGCCAAGAUGCUGGAUUUGCUCCAGACAGCUAUGGCAGCAUACCGCGACUUCUUCCACGCACCGCACAGAGUAACGUCUGCGACUGCGUUCGGGCUUCACAUGAACACCUACCGUAUCACCAAUCCGAUGGCAACGAAUGAUAUCUUGCAUAUGAGAGCUAGAGAUUGGUUGGCGGAUCACUGUUGCGAUCUGUUUGACAGUAUGUGGGAUACAUAUAGGCGUAGAUCUGGAUUCGUCAAGUAUCACAUGUUGCAAGCUUUCAAGAUGGAUCAGGUGUACUAUGAUAGGGAUCUGGAUGUCCAUGAGUAUAUCCAGAGGGGGCUGGGUAUACCGUUCUUGCCUAUGCCCAAAGAUGUUUACUUUUAG